CCAAAAACUUUCCUUGAUCCAUUAAUUUGCUUUUUUCCUGUAAAAAUUUCUAAUAGAAUUGUUAAUUGUCCAUUGGAGUGAUAAACGUUGUUGUGUUUGUGUUUAAAUGCAGUUGUUGUUUUAACUUUGGCAUAGUUUACACAUAAAUAAUUCCAAACAUCUUGCAUACGUAUCAAAACAAAACCGACGUCGGAGUUCUAUACCUUUCCUUGUUCUUAUAUCCCUUUUGUGAUUCCUCUCGUUCCGUUAUUGCAGGUUAAAUUUGGAGAAUGGCAUGGAGUCAGCUAGAAAUCAGUAAACCGCACUUAGCGUAUGCUAUCUUGGGAGGGUUCACCUCUCUCUUUAUGCUUUGCUCGUUGAUUAUAAAAGAAAAACUAUAUAUGGGUGAAGCUACAAUUGCGACGAUUUGCGGGUUGAUUUUUGGUCCUCACGUUGCGAAAAUAUUCGUACCCACGAGUUGGGGUAAUUCGGAUUAUAUUACUUUAGAGCUUGCUCGUAUCCUGUUAAUUGUACAGGUGUUUGCUGCAGGUGUUGAGCUUCCACGGGCUUAUAUGCUGAGACACUGGCGUAGCAUGUUAAUUAUGCUGCUUCCUGUUAUGGUAUUUGGUUGGCUGGUCUGUUGUGGGUUUAUGUAUGCUCUGAUUCCCCGUCUCAGUUUUCUCGAAGCCCUUACUAUAUCUGCGUGUGUAACCGCGACAGAUCCCGUUUUAGCAUCGUCUAUCGUCGGCAGAGGAAAAUUCGCUCGUCGGGUUCCUGGUCAUUUACGAAAUAUGCUUCUGGCCGAAUCUGGAUGUAAUGAUGGCAUGGCAAUCCCUUUUCUAUACCUCGGUCUCUACUUAAUUAUCGACAAGCCAGCUAGACAUGCUGGACGCGAUUGGGUACUAAUUAUUAUUCUCUAUGAGUGCGUUUUUGGCUGCUUUCUUGGAGCUGUUAUUGGCGUAAUAGCUCGCAAGGCUAUAAAAUUUUCAGAACGUAGGGGUUUGAUGGAUCGUGAAAGUUUUCUUGUAUUUUACUUUGUUUUGGCCGUGUUUUGUAGUGGUAUAGGUACGAUUAUUGGCGUCGAUGAUCUACUUGUUGCUUUCUGCGCCGGUGCCGCUUUUUCUUGGGACAAAUGGUUUUCAAAAAAAACAGAAGAGUCCCAUGUCUCCAACGUUAUUGAUUUGCUUCUCAACCUUUCAUUCUUUGUUUAUAUUGGUGCUAUUAUGCCUUGGGAACAGUUCCAUAUGCCUGAAUUGGAUCUUAGUGUUUGGCGCCUUGUAGUUUUGGCCAUCUGUGUUCUGGUCGCAAGGAGAAUUCCUGCCGUCCUUGCUUUUAAAAGAUUAAUCCCAGACGUCAUCAAUUGGAGAGAAGCUUUGUUUGCCGGUCACUUUGGUCCUAUUGGUGUUGGUGCGAUAUAUACUUGUCUCUUGGCUAGAGCUGAGCUUGAACAUGACGAAACCAUACCUACCGCUGAGCUUCCGCGUGAGGGUGAUGCUAACUAUUAUGUUGUUAAAGUAAUGUGGCCUGUCGUUUGCUUUUUGGUUCUUAGUUCAAUUAUCGUUCAUGGAAGCAGUAUUGCGUUUUUCAUGCUUGGCAAGCGCAUAAACACAAUCGCCCUUACUUUAACCAAAACUAGAGAUUCCCACUUUGCUUUUAAUCUUCCAAGAGUUAAUCAAGGUCAAACUUUACCUUUAAAGCGAGGAAUCAGUUUUCGUUCUGGCGCUGCACCCUCUAUAGUUUCUUCAAUAAGACGUCGCCAUCCUGUUAAUAUCCAAGAAGAUGACGAGGCGUAUGACGCGUCAUCUGUUAUUUCUGCUCCCAGCCCUGCACAUACUCGGCUUCAGCAUGUUGAGUCUCAUCCCGAAGAUCAGGAUGAAGAUAGAGAAGAACCUGUUCCUUCUGUCAAAGAUUAUGAUGGUGAGCGUCGUCAAUCUAAUGAAGAAGAUAGAGAGGAAGAGAUGAAUGAAGGCAACGAAAGUUACUUUAUUGGGAAUGAUCUUGUGUGUGAAGAUUCACACGGUAAUAUUAUAUCACGUUCACGACCAGGAGAUCAAGAGGCUGAAAGACGACCCAGUGUAGAAAGCAAGGGUGCGAAGGAGCAGGAUAUGCUUAAUGAUGGUAAGCCACAAUCCAGAUUCCGUCGGUUUUUCAAAAAUCUUCACGACGCAUUUGAGCGUAAUUACCACGUACCAGAUAGUGACGAUCGAGAUCUUGGAAAAGAAGAAGCUGAUAUUGAAAAUAACGUUCCUAGAAGAAAUAGAGGGAUAUCUGAUGCUUUUUCGCGUGAAAAUAGUAUUGAAAGACAGCGCCGUGAGGAAGUUCUAGGAAAUAUGAGAGACAGUGAAGAUGAAGAUGAGGACCGUCCGGGUAUAAACCCUAGAGAGUUUGUAAACCAAAACAAUGAAGCAGUUGAUUUACUUGAUGAUAACCAGUCUGAUCACUUUCCUGAGGGACAUAGCCAUCCAGCAUCCGUUCCUUCGCAACCUGAACAUUCUCCAGAUAAUGAAGGGGGAGAAGAAGAAGAAGAAGAAGAAGAAUCCCAACAAAAUAAACCAAAUAUUCGAUUUUUGGAUUUACCUACUCCUCGUCCAUCCGGUCGUAGAAAGUCAUAUUCUUCUUAUCGUCGCGGUUCAAUUGGAAGUGGACAUCAAAGAAGUUAGUUUUAUGUAACAGUUUUUCAAAAAAAAAAAAAAAGGCUCUUUAUUUAUUUAUUCAUGGUCCUUAUUUAUUCAUUGCAAAGUGUUAAGAACAGUUUUCUGUUUAAUCGUCUUUGUUUCGUAUAGCGCUCGCUUUUUUCUUUUGACCCUAAAAUUCAGCAAAAAGAGCUAGAGGGAUUUGAGGAUCAGACGUUUCCUCGGUGUAAAACAUCAUAGCUUAGUAUUGUUGGAAAUCACUAAUACUAAUUUAUAACUAAUACAUUAUUGUCUACAUAUUUCU